UAAGAAAUCUUCUUGGCUACAAUCCCCAUUAUUAUGAUUUGACUAUGCAGUGCGGCAAUUCCGAAAAAAGCCCAAAGAAGUCUACAUAAAGGGUGAGCUUUGAUGACUUUUGAGUAAUUUGUCCUAUUGAUAUGUGUUUGAUUUUAUCUGCUAAUCAAACUAACUCUUGACGAUCCAACAAAUCUAGAGUAGGGCUGAGGUUGGAAAAGAAAUUUUCAGUUUGCAGCUUCGCUGAAUCACUGCAGAAAUAAUUGAUCGAGGGAUGUUUCCACUGAAAUCUUCGGAUCGCUGACGGCUUGAUUAGCAGAUUGAACUGGGUGAAGCUCACUCAUAGAUGAGAAAGGGCAAGUCUUCUUGGGACGUGAUUCGAUAAAAUCGAGAAAGUGGGGCACGAUCCAAUUAAAAAAAAAAAUGGUGAAGUGCCGCCCAUGACUUUUCUUUGGAAUGUGUUCGCCAACUAGAGGCGUGAUCGAUCGAGGCUUUUUAUCGGGAUCUGAUAGCAAAAACUGUUCGUAUAACGAACUACGUAGGCGUCUGCGCGGGUUGGCAGCCAAAAGGGGAGACAGCUUAGCGUGGACAACAUGCACUAAGUGAAGCUAAUAAUUUUUCCCCCUCCCUCCAUGACUCCAUCAAUAUUCUCCCUCAAGUAAAUACUCAAACAGCUGUUGUAAAACAGCAUGAACAAUUGCCAUGACGCAUUCUAAAACCAUUCGAUGGACCUAGACAUUAUCGUUAUCUCGUGAGGAAUAAUGAGUUCAAGAAAAAGUAUGGCAAGUCUGUACAAUUUGAAUGAAGUCUGCAUCUGACGUGAAAUCAUUCUGCACGAUAUUGCCACUGUCACCUGAUAUGAUCACAGGUUAAGCUAGCCAGCCGGCUGAUCUAAUCAAUUUUUUUUUUCAUAGAUCGGUUGAAAAGGACACCUGAUGAACUGAGCACUGGCACUUUUCCCUCCUCCUCCUUCAUUUAUUUCUCCACCGAUGCAAAGAUUGUUCCAAGACAAGUGAUUUGGGAAGAAAGUAGACAAGAAGUUGAGCCAGUCUUUUCCACUGGAAACCCGGAAUCAGUUAGCGCAGCCUUAAGCAAUCUUUACUGGCACCUGGAAAUCUGUACUGACCUCACUCUCCUCUGUCUCUGGUACCAAAACCCACGCUAUUAACACGAGCUUCCCAUAAUUCGUGAUGGGAGGAUGUCACACGGCUCCUGAUGGCAUGGCGGAGAAUGUGAAGCCUGAGGUUGGCAAUUGACCAGCAAUUUGAGUUCUUGGCAAUGGAGGAUGAGCUUAGCAGAGCGGAGUGGGAGAUCGAGGAGCUAAAGCGGAGGCGAAAGGAGGACGCGCAGGCCAACGAGAAGGUGGUCAGCAUCUUCGCCGCCCGCGAGAAAAGAUGGAUGGCCGAGAGGCAGAGCCUCCGCCGUCAGAUCCAGGCGCUGCUCGGCGAGCUCUGCAGCCUCAAGUCCAGCGACGCCGAGUCCGCCUCGAACUUAAAGACCGCCUGCAAUGAGGAGUUGGAGGAGGAAUCGAGGAGGAGAAAGGAAUUGGAGAAGAAGGUGGAAGCCGGCGAACAGGUGGCGGAGGAGCUGAAGGAGAGGCUCAAGAAGGCAGCGCAGGAUCACGCGGAUGAGCUGCAGAAGCACAAGUCGAGGCUGGUGGAACUGCUGUCGAACCAAUGCCGGAUGGAGUCCGAGAUGAGGCGCGCGCUGGGGCAGGUGGAGGCGGCCAAGGAAGAGCUCGAGGUGGCGGUGCAAGAGAAAGAAGCGGCGGAGGCGAAGCUGUCUGAGGAGUGCGCACAGAUCCGGAAAGACUGCGAGCAGAAAGACAAAGUCUUGGGCGCGGUGCUGAGGAAAUCCAAACUCGACGCGGCGGAGAAGCAGGCGCUGCUCAAAGAAGCGAAGUUGCUGAGGGCGAAGAAGAGGCAGGUUGAGGAAGAGAUGGAGAGGUGCAGGAAGAUAUGGGAGUCGAAGCACAAGAGAGGAAACCCCAAAGAUCUUCUGUUGGAGUACCUCCAAGUCGAGGGAAAGAGAGAUCGCUGCUCUUCCGCUUCCAUCAGCUCCGACCUUCCAUUAAGCGAUGGAAAUUAUGAACCAGGACUCGAUGGCUUGCAGGAACUGCAAGACUGGGUUCGAACCCGGAAUGAGAAGCAUGCGACGAGCAUCCUCGAGCAGAGGCAACAUGCAGAGAUAGAAGCUUUCAUAGAGCAGAUAAGACAGAGAGACGAGAAGUUGGAAAGUUUUCAGCGGCAGGUUCUGGGAAGGGAGGUGGAGAUAAAGAUGCUUCGAUCUCACAUCGAAGGGCUCGAUGCGAGUCUGUCUCAUUUGAGGGAGGAGAACAUCAAACUGGAAACCCUGCUGUUGGAAAAGGAGAAGGAAAUGGAGCUACUGAAGGAGCAGCUCAGCUUCCUUUUUCAGCAUUAUCAGAAGAGCGAUGCAAGUUUCUCUCUUAAUCUUGAUACUUGCCCACAGAAGGCUCUCUGCUCGGAGGUGGAACUUAAAGAGAGGAAAUCAAGGGAGAAACAUAAGGAUUCACAGCCCAACUCUACUGGGAAAUUUUCAAAGAUCAAGGUUGAGAAUAGAAGAUCGAGGCAGCUGAGGUCAAAUGAAGAGAACAAACACAGGGCAAGCAAAGAUAUUGAUGUUAGCACAAUUAAUUCAACUACUCCGGAAACUAAUCAUUUUCAGCAACAUGACAAACACUGCAGAGAAGAUAUUUCUGCGGAACCAGAAAGAGCAGAAAGCUCAUUGAGGGAGGAUGGUGAGACUUCGGUGGCAUCACACUCUCCUAUAGAAGAAAUCAAAGAAGUUAAAGAGGUAAGCAUGAACCCUAUUAAUUCUAACAAGCAAACUGAUUUGCAAGAGGAUGCUGAAAUUUCUGACAAAUUUACGUCCCCUGAGCCAUCAUUUGCAAGAGACGAAUCUUAUUGGAAGACAGACAUUCAUGCUCUUGGUGUCUCCUACAACAUCAAAAGGUUGAAACAACAGCUACUUGUUCUUGAGAAGUUGGCUGGAUUACUGGCAAAGAAACAGUUCACAAACCUGGAUACAGUAAAUAAUGACAGUGUCGGAGCUAAUGACAUAAAGAUUGAUGAAAACAAGCAAAAGAUGAAAGGCUUCUUCCUAAUGAAAUCUUUGCUACACAAACAAGUGAAAAGAUAUCAGUCGCUAGAAGAGAAGACUGAUGAGUUAUGCAAGAGAUUGGAGGACAAUUACCGGUUAGGAAGCAGAAGAGACACACAAAGUGUCAGAACAAAGGAGCAAUCUGAAACACUCAUGUGCUAUCUGGAAGAAGCAUUUGAGCUACAGAAGUAUAUCGUGGCAACGGGACAGAGGUUCAUGGAAAUGCAGUCCAAAAUUAAUUCUACCUUCUCUGGAGCUGAUGCACAUAAUAAAUCUAUAGGCUUCAACUUGAGGCAGUUUGCUGAUAUUAUCAGAACUAUCUUUAGGCAAGUUCAGAAAGGCCUUGAGGUGCGAAUAGCUCGGAUAAUUGGUGAUCUAGAAGGGAAGUUGACCUGUGAUAGCAUUCUUUAUCAGUAAGGAAUACUCCUUUGCGGGUUCAGUCAUGUAUCUUCACGGCCUAAAGAUUAGACUUUCAGGUUGUCCAUCAAUGUGUUUUUCUUUUAAACAAAAAACAAAAAAUCUCAGUGGCUGAAUAAUGUAGGAUUUUACAGUCAAUUUAAUGUUGGUUUCUUCUA